AUCGCAGGGGGCGGGGGCGGCGGACCGACGAUGGACACACCCGCUGGCACUGAGCCGGGAGCCAGGCGCGCUACUGCCGGGGAUCCCUGGGGCCCCGGGAGCCGAGCGCCGAGCCGGGCCGGGGGCGCCCCGCCUCCCCCACCCUCCGCCCCCGCCUACUCGGGCGCCCGUGAUUGGCUCCGCCCGCCCCUGGCUGCGCGCCGAAGCCCGCCUCCCUCGCAGCUAAAGCAGACGGUACCCGGAGAGGAGCGAGCCAGAAGGGAGCAUGGUCCCCGCGCCGCGGCCGCGCCAACCCCCGCGCCGCCGCCGCCGUCGCCGCUGUCUCUGCCACCGCCGAUCUAGCCGCAGCUUCAGCCCCGGCCUCGGCUCCGCAGCGCACGUCCGCAGCCCCGGCCAUCGCCGAGCCUAAGCUCAGCCCCCGCCCGGAGCCCGAGCCCCGAGCCCGGAGCCAGCCCCAGCCCCGCGGCCGCCGCGGCUGCGGGGAGAGGGCGGGGGCGAUGCUGCCGGAGCCGCCGCCGCCGCCGCCGCCUCGAUGAGAGCCGCGACGCACCGCGCAUAGCCGCGCAGGCUGACAGGCAGAAGGACUGACUUCCCUCUCCCGGGCAUCCUCCCUGGGCUGCCGGGAGGCGGCGGCGGAGGAGGAGGAGGAGGGAAAGGGGGAGAAGGCGGAGAGCAGGAACGCGAGGAGGUGGACCUGGAUCCGUUUCUCCCGGCCAGGACGCGAGCGGCCCCAGCUACAGCUACCCGCCGGCGCCGUCCCCUAUCCAUCAGCCCUCCUGCACCCAUCCGCGACCCUGGGCUCUCUGCGCGUCGGGCCGGGACCGGAGCGGCGCGGCCGCAGACUGUCUGGCUCCCUCAUUAUGCCCAUGCUCUGCUAAGUGGUGGCCGUCAACGCUUUUGCAUCCUGGGGACGAAUCCUGAGCUCACCAGAGACGGACGGCGCAAGGUCCGGGCUCUGGUUCCCUGUGAGAAACUGCCACGGCCCACCGAGAUGUCCAGGCACCAUAGCCGCUUCGAAAGAGAUUACCGUGUAGGCUGGGACCGCCGUGAGUGGAGUGUCAAUGGGACCCACGGGGCCACCAGUGUCUGCAGUGUCACCUCCGGGGCUGGCGGCGGUACAGCCAGCAGUCUCAGCGCACGACCAGGCCUCCUACCACUGCCCGUGGUGCCCUCCCGGCUACCCACACCCGCCACAGCUCCGGCUCCCUGCACGACGGGCAGCAAUGAAGCCAUCACCAGUCUCGUGGCCAGCUCGGCCUCCGCAGUCACCACCAAGGCUCCCGGCAUCUCCAAAGCCGACAAUCAGUCCCAGGGACUCACGACCAGCAUUCGAUGGGGACAGACACCCAUCAAUCAGUCCACACCCUGGGACACUGAUGAGCCGCCCUCCAAACAGAUGAGAGAGAGCGACAAUCCAGGCACGGGGCCAUGGGUAACCACGGUGGCCGCCGGGAACCAGCCUUCCCUGAUUGCACACUCCUAUGGAGUGACCCAGCCUCCCACCUUCAGCCCGGCUGUGAACGUCCAGGCCCCGGUCAUCGGGGUGACUCCCUCACUGCCUCCCCAUGUGGGGCCCCAGCUCCCGCUGAUGCCGGGCCACUACUCACUCCCACAGCCGCCCGCCCAACCACUGAGCAGUGUGGUGGUGAACAUGCCUGCCCAGGCCCUGUAUGCCAGCCCUCAGCCCCUGGCGGUAUCCACUUUGCCUGGAGUGGGGCAGGUAGCCCGCCCAGGACCCACUGCUGUGGGCAACGGCCACAUGGCAGGGCCCCUGCUGCCUCCACCUCCGCCGGCCCAGCCGUCCGCUGCUCUCCCCAAUAGUGCUCCUGCCACCAAUGGGCCCCCCACAACAGACUCGGCCCAUGGGCUACAAAUGCUACGGACAAUUGGAGUGGGGAAGUAUGAGUUCACCGACCCAGGGCACCCUAAAGACAUGUUGAAGGAACUGAACCAGCAGCGCAGAGCGAAAGCGUUUACAGACCUGAAAAUUGUUGUUGAAGGCAGAGAGUUUGAAGUCCACCAAAAUGUUCUAGCUUCCUGCAGCUUGUAUUUCAAGGACCUGAUUCAAAGGUCAGUGCAGGAUGGCAGCCAGAGCAGCCGGGAGAAGCUGGAGCUGGUGCUCUCGAACCUGCAGGCUGACGUCCUGGAGUCUCUGCUGGAAUUCGUCUACACCGGUUCGCUGGUCAUCGACUCAGCCAAUGCCAAGACUCUGCUCGAGGCUGCCAGCAAGUUCCAAUUUCACACCUUCUGCAAAGUCUGCGUGUCCUUUCUCGAGAAGCAACUGACCGCCAGCAACUGCCUGGGCGUGCUGGCCAUGGCUGAGGCCAUGCAGUGCAGCGAGCUCUACCAUAUGGCCAAGGCCUUUGCGCUGCAGAUCUUCCCAGAGGUGGCCGCCCAAGAGGAGAUCCUCAGCAUCUCUAAGGAUGACUUUAUCGCCUACGUCUCCAAUGACAGUCUCAACACCAAGGCCGAGGAGCUGGUCUAUGAAACUGUCAUCAAGUGGAUCAAGAAGGACCCAGCAGCGAGGGCACAGUAUGCAGCAGAGCUCCUAGCUGCCGUCCGCCUCCCGUUCAUCCACCCCAGCUAUCUGCUCAAUGUGGUGGACAAUGAAGAGCUGAUCAAGUCAUCAGAAGCAUGCCGGGACCUGGUCAACGAGGCUAAGCGCUACCACAUGCUGCCCCAUGCCCGGCAGGAGAUGCAGACACCCCGAACCCGGCCCCGCCUCUCUGCAGGUGUGGCUGAGGUCAUCGUUUUGGUUGGGGGCCGUCAGAUGGUGGGGAUGACCCAGCGCUCACUGGUGGCUGUCACCUGUUGGAAUCCACAGAACAACAAAUGGUACCCCUUGGCUUCUCUACCUUUCUAUGACCGAGAGUUCUUCAGUGUAGUGAGUGCUGGGGACAACAUCUACCUCUCAGGUGGUAUGGAAUCAGGGGUGACGCUGGCUGAUGUCUGGUGCUACAUGUCCCUGUUGGAUAACUGGAACCUGGUCUCCAGAAUGACUGUCCCUCGCUGUCGCCACAAUAGUCUAGUCUACGAUGGAAAGAUUUACACUCUCGGAGGCCUUGGCGUGGCAGGCAACGUGGACCACGUGGAGAGGUAUGACACUAUUACUAACCAAUGGGAGGCAGUAGCCCCUCUGCCCAAGGCAGUACAUUCAGCAGCGGCCACUGUGUGCGGUGGCAAGGUCUACGUGUUCGGUGGAGUCAAUGAGGCAGGCCGAGCCGCGGGUGUCCUUCAGUCCUAUGUGCCACAGACCAACACGUGGAGCUUCAUUGAGUCUCCAAUGAUAGACAACAAGUAUGCACCAGCUGUCACCCUCAAUGGCUUUGUGUUCAUCCUGGGAGGAGCUUACGCCAGAGCCACCACCAUCUACGACCCAGAAAAAGGCAACAUCAAGGCGGGCCCAAAUAUGAAUCACUCUCGCCAGUUCUGCAGUGCUGUGGUGCUUGAUGGUAAAAUUUAUGCAACCGGAGGCAUCGUGAGCAGCGAGGGACCAGCUCUGGGCAACAUGGAAGCCUAUGAGCCAACAACGAACACAUGGACCCUCCUACCCCACAUGCCCUGUCCUGUGUUUAGACAUGGCUGUGUCGUGAUAAAGAAAUAUAUUCAAAGCGGCUGACAUCGGCAGAGAGCCCAGGACAAGCCUAUGGGGCGAGUCUGGUGAGGCAAACGCCACACACCAUGGUUAUCUUCCGACACCAACGAGAGGCCCACAGAACACAAUCAAGAAACUCACUGCGCUAACAUUUCGAAUAUUCUCUACAUUGAAUGUAGAAAAUCAUCCUCGCCUUUUGGGUGAAGCAGGGCACAGCGCUUCGGGCAGCAGGAACCUGAAAAACAGAGCCAGGGCUCGCUGGCCAGCCAAGGCGCUUGCUCUCAACAGGGGGCACUCGCUCUGCCCGGUGCAAUAGUUUCACAUAUUUUUCAACUGGGAGAGAGGCUGUUUUUUUUUUCCUUCUUGCAGAGCAAGCUCAAUCCCUAAACCACCAUAGAUCAAUUAUCCUGUGACAAUAUUGGGCAUCAGGCUCUUUUGGAAUAAGGUCAAAGUGUCCUUAUCACUUUGAUUCCUACUUUCUUUGUUUUUCGUUUUUGUUUUUAACCAAUCUACACUUUCAAGUGGCCGAGAGAAAAAAACGAGGGACGGGGCUGUGCAGCACCAAGGCCUACGAGAGGGCUGGUUGCCACCAGACAGGAGAGAGGGCCAGCUGCAGAGCCAGGGCUGACAGCCGCAGGGAUUGCUGGGAAGAGCCACCUGUCCUUCACGGAUUUUUCUACCAUGUUUUUGCUGCGAAGGGACAUGGUGGGAUGUGCUAGCUUUCUCUUAGCCAGUCUGAAUUAUUUAGAUUUCCGAGGCAUUUUUCUUGAUACACAAAAGGCUAUUUUUAAGUACCGAGAGGAGGAGGCCACAAGAGGGGCAACGCUGUGGGGCUUCCCAGAGCUCUUUGUAGGUAGUGCCAGAGGGGGGCACUGGCUCUCAUUUUUCUAUGUGCAGAAUAGAGGAGCUCUCCUGAGGUGGGCCAUGCCCCCACUUUAUUUUUGGAAAAAGUUAACUCCCAGACAGCCCUGGAAGACUAUGCCUCAUUGAGGCAUUGUCGGGGGGAGGGGGGGGAGAGGGUCUAUUCUAGAAGAAUGUAGUUCUGGCUUCUGACACCAGUCCAGCUCCCUCCGUGAGGUAAAGCUGAGGACCCAGGCCCAGAAAAGGGACUGAGGGAGGGAGGGAGGGAGGGAGAAGAAAUGUCUACAAAGCACAGGAGACUAUUUUUGAUAUUUAUAGCUAUAUAUUCAAGGCACCUGCCGCGAGAGCUCUCAGGAUGGGGACAGCCUUCUUAGACGAGCCAUGACAGCCACGGCCUGAGGGGCACGCCGAGAAACCGCUCUUAUUGUUGCCUUGUUGGAUAGCAACCUGAGAAAAGGGAAGCCAGGAAAAACCUCCCAAUGAGGCUCAGAAGAGAAAGGCCUUCCCAUUAGUCCUUAGACCCUCAAACCUCACCCGGUCCUCAGCUUCCGUUCCAGGGCAGGAAGAAGGCCGCCGCCACCGUGCUGUUUAGUUGAAGUUAGUACCAAAUACACACCAUUUUUCUACCUGGGAAGUCAGCUCGCCAUGACCUCAUAGUAAGAACCAGUGACAGAGAGAAAAAGAGACAGGAUACACUCUCCAUCAUUCAGUAUUGGAUGACACAAAAUUCCAGUCCUAACGACGGGCAUCAACUUCUAGCAUUACAAGUGCGGCUCCCACUUGACAAGAUACCGAGCUUCGUUAUGCAGUUUUUAAUAUUAUUUAUUAUUUAAAAAAAGUAAUAAGCACAAAACUACAUACAUUGUAUGUCAUUUAAAAGUAUUUAUGUCAAACAGGGUGCAAGCGUGAACCCAAGGACUGGAGCACAAAUUUCUAACUGCCUGGGGCAGGGUGAAUGUGAGCAUUGGCGUGCGUCUGCCUCCAAGGGAGGUGCUAGUGGUGAAGAGGACUCCGCGGAGGACACUGAGAUUCCGUUUCUCUCCUCAUCGAUCACACUGGAGCAAACUGGCUAUUUCUGUGAAUGACAUAAAACAGGGUUCUCUGUAAUGGUAUUGUAUAUAGUAUAUGUUUAUUGUUAAGUUGUUAUAUUAUAAUAAAUAUAUUUAUAGAUCUAGACUGGGAAGCUGAUGCAAUGUCUUUGUGUGCCACCGCCUUUGCCUCAGUGACACCACACCCCGGCACAAGCCUGCCAUUCCUCUUG